GCUAGCAACGCCUGCGGAUUUUCUGCAGCAGCCCGACCGCACCACCGCACAUGGACGGCGCAGAGCGAACCCCGUCCGGCGCGGAGGGCGACACGGCCCCGGCCCCGGCCACGGCCUCGCUCCACGCCCGCCCUACCGUCGCCGACCUGCACGGCGAAGGCCACUUUGCGCAGGUCGCCCGCAAGCACUGGCUGGCGGCAAAGCAGCCGCCCAAGGUGCGUCCAGAGGUGCUCAAGAAGGACCUGUGGGACGAGCUGCAGCGCGUCGACUUUGCCUACUCGUCGCUGCUUGUGCUCGAGAACCUGCAGCUGCUCGAGCGCUACCUGUGGCCCGCCUUCACCGAGGAUGCCUCCCACCACCACCACCUGCUGCUGGCCCUGAUGGUCAACGUCAAGCGGAGGGAGAGCCUGCCGUCGUGGGAUCACUUCGCCAGCAAGCCCGACGCCUUUGCCUCGUUCUUCCGGCGCAUUCUCUCCCUGACGGUCGACGCGUCGCAGCCCACGCAGAUGCGCACCCAGCUGGUGUCGCUGGUCAUUGGCGCGUUCCAGUCGCUGGACAGCGGUCUCGUGCGCAAGGAGUGUGCGCCGCUCGUGGGCAUAUCGAUAUGGCACAACCUCCACGCCGACGCGGCGCGCGAGCUGCAGUUUGACCAACACCACAUGCUGCGCAAGGCAUGGCGCGCCUCGGGGAAGCGCUUCGACGCAGCAGACGAGGCGCUGCAGGCCAGGCUGCGCUUCGAGCGAUCGUGGCUGUACACGCUUGUCCUGGACUUUAUCGACCGCCUGUACGGCAGCAGCACAAGGCAAGAAAUGGCCGACAACCUGGUGUACUGCGAGCGAUUCGUAGAGCUCCUGACCGACUUGCAGAGCCAGCUGCCAACCAGGCGAUACGUCAACACGCUGUUGAAGGACCUGAACCUGCUGCCUGCCGUCAGGCUGUCGCCCAUGUACGCAGCCGAGGACAACGGCCUCUUCCGCGAUCUCUACAGCCUGCUCAGCCACUUCACCCAUUUCGCCAUCGAGGACCAGUCCGGCAAGCAGCUGUCGAGGCUGGAGUACGACCAGCAACACUACGAUACGCUCGCCAAGCUGCAACGCAUAGCCUACGCUACCUUCCAGCAGAAGCUGCAGCUGAUGGCGCUGGCAAACUUUGCCAGCCUUGGCGACCGCGUUGAGCUGGACGGCCACUUGCGCACGUUGAGCGACGACGAGCUCAGAGAGCUCUGCUCGCUCAUGGGUCUCCGUACCGACUACCCAGGCUCGACGUCCCUGGUUCGCGACCGGGCUUUCUACAUGGAGACGCUCGUCUCGCUGGUCGAGCAGAGGCCCAUGUUCAAAGACACCGUCCGCGACAUGCCCGUUCUGCCCACAGAAAAGAUGCUCUACGAAACCACGUUCCUUCGAAACGAGGCGUACAACGGAUCGCGGCCCCUCGCCAUACCGAAGCUGAACCUGCAGUAUCUGACCAUGGGCGACUUCUUGUGGAGGUCGUACGUCCUGUACCGCGCCGAAUCCUUCUACGGCAUCCGAAAGGACAUGGAAGAUGUCGUCAAGCGUGUGCAGCCGCGGGGGAAGGGCGCCAACACCAAGUUUGGUGGCUUUUCUCGCAUGUCCAUCCCCAUCAGUGCGCCGGGCAUCGUCGACGUUGCCCCUCCCAAGGUCGGAGACAAGCAUCCUGCCUACGUGCGCGCAGAGAUUGUCCUGGACGUCAGCCGUCUGCAGCUGCCAGUGCGCAGGGAAUGGGAGUCGCUGAGGCCGGAUGACGUGGUCUUCCUCCUGACUGUCCAAGGCAAGGACGAUGCGCCCCUGAGCAACGGCCACGGCGAUGCAAACACAGGCGAGCAAGCUGGUCUGCAAAGGCUGAGAUGUGCCCAGGUCGUCCAAGUGCUGGACGACAACGGCCGGCCUUUGCGUGACCAGGCACAGAACGGCGACUUUGCUCCCCGAGCGCGAUCACGGCGCCUCGUGGUCAACAUUGACGCGAAGCAGUAUCAGGCCGACAUGGACCAUGUCGCACAAGGCCGACCCAACACGUACGAAAACAUCAACAUGAUUGCUCGUCGUAGGGGGCGGGAGAACAACUUCCUGCCCAUUCUCGAUUCAAUCAAACGCCUGACCUUGUCCGACAUUCCCGCACCGUCGUGGCUGCACGAGGUCUUCCUGGGCUACGGGGACCCUUCCUCUGCGACCUACACUCGCUUGCCUAACCGGCUGCAGUCAAUCGACUUCCGCGACACGUUCUUGGACUGGCAGCACCUGGUCGAGUCCCUGCCUGGAAAGACAAUAGAACCCGCAGAAGACGCACAAGGCGCCUUUGGGCCACCGUACGUCGUCAAGUACCCUGCACCCGCCGAGCCUGCCGCCGCGCCUGCGAAACCUUCCAAAAAGCGGCGUCGCGACCAGGUUGAGGUCGCGCAGCCUGCACACGAGUCUCUGCAUGUCGACACUUACAAGCCCCCGAACAUGGGCCCGUACCCUGCAGAUGCUCUCAAGCAGAAUGCAGUAAGGUUCACCCCUGCGCAGGUCGAGGCCAUCACUUCUGGCACGCAGCCUGGUCUGACGGUCGUGCUCGGCCCGCCGGGAACCGGAAAGACGGACGUCGCGACCCAGAUUAUAUCUAAUAUAUACCACAACUUUCCGGGCCAGCGAACCUUGCUUGUUGCGCACAGCAAUCAGGCCCUGAAUCAGCUGUUCCAGAAGAUCGUCGCGCUCGACAUCGAUGCCCGGCAUCUGUUACGCCUCGGCCAUGGAGAGGAAGAUCUCGACACCGAGGCUAGCUACAGUAAGCAUGGCAGGGUCGAGUCCUUCCUCGAGAGAGGCGCAUACUACCUCGCAGAAGUCGAUCGACUCGCGAAGAACUUUGGAGCGCCAGGUGCACAUGGCCAGUCGUGCGAGACGGCGGAUUAUUUCAACCUGGUCUAUGUCAAGCCUGCCUGGACACAGUACUGGGACAGCAUCACAUCAGAAGAGACCAGUGUCGAGCAGAUAGUCGCCGGGUUCCCGCUCAAGGACUACUUCUCAAAUGCGCCGCAGCCCUUGUUCCCGCCCGAAGCGGACCGCGAGCAGGCUCUUGAUAUCGUUCAAGGCUGCUAUCGUCAUGUGGAGAAGAUCUUUACAGAACUCGAGGACAUUCGUCCGUUCGAGAUUCUGCGCAACCCUCGCGACAAGGCCAACUACCUUCUCGUAAAGGAAGCCCGCAUCAUCGCCAUGACCUCGACGCACGCCGCCAUGCGGAGACAAGAGAUUGCAUCUCUGGGAUUCCACUACGACAACGUCAUCAUGGAGGAAGCCGCCCAGAUCACCGAGAUUGAGAACUUCAUCCCGCUCGCUCUCCAGAACCCGCAGAACGGCGAGCUGCCCCUCCAGCGCAUCGUUCUCUGCGGCGAUCACCUCCAAAACUCGCCCAUUAUCCAGAACCUCGCCUUCAGACAGUAUGCAAACCUCGAGCAGUCUCUGUUCCAGCGCCUCGUCCGCCUCGGCGUGCCCACCAUCGUGCUCGACCAGCAGGGCCGCGCCCGCCCCUCGAUCGCAAAACUCUACAAGUGGCGCUACCCGGCACUCGGCAACCUGCCCUCUGUGCUCAGCGCGCCCGCCUUCCAAGUCGCCAACGCGGGCUUCAAGCACGAGUUCCAGUUCAUCAACGUGCCGGACUACAAGGGCAAGGGCGAGGCAGAGCCGACGCCGCACUGGCUCGUCAAUCUGGGCGAGGCCGAGUACGCCGUCGCGCUGUUCAUGUACAUGCGGCUGCUCAACUACCCCGCGCACAAGAUCUCCAUCCUCACAACGUACGCCGGCCAGCGCGGCCUCAUCAACGACAUCCUCAACGCAAAGUGCAGAGACCACCCCUUCUUCGGCCGCCCCAAGAUCGUCGCCACAGUCGACAAGUACCAGGGCGAGCAGAACGACUACGUCAUCCUCUCCCUCGUCCGCACCCGCGCAAUCGGCUAUCUGCGCGACGUCCGCCGCCUGACCGUCGCCCUGUCCCGCGCCCGCCUGGGCCUGUACAUUCUCGGGCGCCGCGCCGUCUUCGAGGCCGUCUUCGAGCUCAAGCCCGCCUUCGACAUGCUCCUGUCCCGGCCAGACGAGCUCGCGCUCGUCACGGGCGAAAUGUACGCCGAGACGUCCCGGCCCGUGGGCAAAGGCGAUGCGGAUGCAGCUGUUGACGGCGAGGCGGUUAUGACGGGGUAUGAGCAUCUUGAGCAGUAUGUGCGCGGCAUCACGGCGGCGAAGAUUGAGGCGCUGAAGGCCGGCGGCGGGCAGCUGCCGACGCGCGAGGUACGGAUGCUGGAUGGCGGCGACGAGCUUGUGGAUCGGGAGGACAUGGUGCUUGUGCGCGAGGAAGCGGUGGGGGAAUUCGGCAGCGAAAAUGACGACGAGGACGUCGUGUAGGACUCAGUUGGCGUGGUGCAAAAGUAGGCGUUUGUUCGUUCAUGUUCAUACCAGAUACCAGUCCCGUAACAGCGUUGUAUCGGAUGCUUUCCGUCCAUAUCCACACACGCCCAAGUCCCACAUUGUAUUUACCCCCCUGCACACGACCCACGCCGCAGCAAGCUCCGCGCCCUAUCUCGGCGCCUUCCUGCUCUUCAGAUACGCACUAACCUGCUCAACAUGCGUGAUGAAAAACAUCCUCUUCUCAUCACUGCUCCACUUGAGCACACCACACUCAUCAGCGUACUUCUUAACAUCUCUAUACUCGGCCAGCGAACCAAACUCGCGCAUCAAAUACCCCGUCUCUGUCUCGACGCGCUCGCCCUCGUACUCCCACAGGCGGAUCUGGUCCAUGACGGUGGGCGGGAGGAACGUCGUGUUCUUCUGCAUCUGCGGGUGUGCGUGCGUCGUCAGGUACGAGAUGAUCUGCGCCGAGGU